UACAGCAAUCAUCUUUCAAAUCUAGGACAAUUGAACAUAAUACACACUCGCACACCAUAAUACCAUCACUUAGCAUCCUGCGACGAUAAUACAACUCACCUGCAACUACUGUGCCUUGACGCGACGCCCCAAAACCUUCUGGAAAACACCCCAUCGCAAUCCCUUGUCGAAACAGCUAUCGACGACACUCGUUACUCGGCAGCUUUGUAUUGUGAAGGACAGGCGCUUUUGCAGAAUAACUACAAACUCUAGUUCCUUCGCCGUCUCUCCUCAUGGAUGGUCUAUGGGGUCGCCGUGCCAAUACCAAUAAACUCUCCCUCUCAACCUCUACGACAAAUGGCGGCCCUCCUAACAAUGACCAUCCAGCCAGGGGAUUCUCCCUUGGCAGACGAACCACCGAUACUUCCUCUCAUAGUAAUAAGAACCCGUUCGGCGCCAUGUCGCCUUCGACCACCUCUCUUGCCUCUCCCACCGCUGGCGCAAGCAAUGCAUUUGGUCUAGGAUCUGGCGCUUUCGCAGCUUUCGGUUCAUCGAAGGUCCCCAAAACUCCAGGAGGUGGUUUAGACUACAGUAGUGUCAUAGGAAGCUCUGCCAAGACUCCCACUGUUGAGAAACAAGUCAAGGACAUUAGCUCAAAACCUUCGCGAGCAUCUCUCACCGAAUCCAGAACCUCCACACAACCUUCUGCACACAAUUUGAGGCAUAGCUGGGCGUUCUGGUUCCGUCCUCCGAUUUCCAAGUCGAACGGAUUCGUCGAGUACGAGAAAACUUUACACGAAACAGGAAGUUUUGAUAACGUCGAAGAUUUCUGGAAGGUCUAUUCACGACUAGCCAGACCUUCUACCCUACCUCUCGUGUCCGACUAUCACAUCUUCAAGAGAGGCAUUCGACCAGUCUGGGAGGAUGAGGAGAAUAAGAAGGGUGGCAAGUGGAUCGUGAGACUCAAGAAGGGGGUUGCGGACAGAUACUGGGAGGAUCUUGUCCUUGCAAUUGUCGGUGAUCAAUUCGCAGAGGCAAGCGAGGAGCUUUGUGGAGCCGUGCUUAGUGUUAGGAAUGGCGAAGAUAUCCUCAGCAUUUGGACCUGUAGAGAUGGCGGCAGGGUUCUCAAAAUCAGGGAGACUAUGAAGCGUAUGUUGAACUUCCCCCCAGAGACAAAGGUCGAAUGGAAGAGCCACGACACAAGCAUGGCCCAACGAAUCGCGAUCGACGAGCAGCGGAAGGAGAAAUCCAACCAGCGAAACGGAAACAAGGACAAUGAGCACGCUUCUACUCCAAUCACCGACAAGAAGCAAAACGCAUGAUUAACCUACAACAGAUCUAGACCUUACAAUGGGUUUGGAACGACGGAUUUUCUUGAUUACGAAUGACCUUGGUUGUACAAGUAUUUGGGUUGCAUUGAAUGGGAAAAGCGAUGACUUGGCUAUGGCGGAGAUUCAUAUCUCCACUGGGUUUAGCAACGGUGGAUGGUUUUUGUGUUGUACAAUAAGACGAAAGUCUACAAGACUUGAGGUGUGAUGCUUUGUUUGCGCAUAACGCUGUCCAAGCAAGAUUAAGAUACACCUGACCGAAUACAAUGUCUUGUUUUCGAGAAUUACUUUGUGACAAGACUGUAUCCAGGAUAAGGACGAAUAGCGC